GGGUUGAGACCAUCAUCACUGCGCAAAUCAUCCUCCGCCAGCAGCAGCAGCAUCAACAACGCCUGUCCCCCGCCGCCGCCCACGCCGCACCAAGUGAAUCCCGCCAACAGCUGCAGCACCAGCAGCACUCCGCCUCACACCCAGCAUCCGCAUCCGAAUCCGCAUUCGCAUCCGCAUCCGCACCACCACCCACUGCCGCACCAUCCACAGUAUCAGAGCCACCAGCACAGGCGCAGCAGCAGCUCCAGUCACACCAGCCACGCGGAAAACUCAAGCGGUUUAGCCACAAAACCGGCCAUCAAUUUGCUUGGCAAUCACCUGCAGGGCAACUACUUUGAGUUCCCGCCCACCGUUCCUGGCCAGGCGUUGUUGUUGCACCACAGCGGUCGCACCACAGUAUCCACGCCUUCGCUUAACUUACAGCACCACCAACAGCAACAGCAACAGCCACAGCAGCAGCAUCAGCAACACCCUAGCACCACAGCUGGUGGUCAGUACAGUUCGGCAGUUGCCAAAGCGGCUGCCUCCACUGCCUGUGCGCUCCUUGCCACCUGCCACGUGUCCAAAGAUUCCGAUUGCGAUUCACCCCGACAUCAGCAGCACCAGAUACACCAGCUUCAAAACCCGGAGGACCUGCAGCCAACCGCAAACAAAAUGGGUCGACGCGAGAUAAAGCGCUCCAAUACCAGUGGCUCCACCACCAGGUCCUACGACAGCGGCAGCGCAACCACAAACUUUGUCGGCAAAUUCACGCAGAGUGUGCGUCGAAUCGUGCAGGAUGUGAAGGACGAGGGCGCGCCCAGCGGAAUGACGCGUGACGAGGUCAUCGAAACCAACGAGCGCCUGCGAUCCCUGCGACUGCGUCUGGAGGAAUCCUACGAGACCGCCAAGAAAGCCCUGAUCAACCUCAUGAACAAGUACGGCGACUCGAAGAGCCAGCGCAACAUCUUCCAACGCUAUCCCAUGCUCAAGCUGAUGAUUAAGGAAGUCAUCCGUCUGGAGACCCAAUACUGGACCCUGGUGGACAUCCCGCGGCAGGAGAAGCAGGAAACAGUGCCCUCUUAUGUGAUGCGGGCCUGCUCGAUCAUGGAGAAGACCCAGAAGUCCGGCGAGGGCGUAAAGACCUCAGCCCGCCUGGCAGAGGAGGCGGCCGAGCGCCGGGAAAGGAUGGAGAGAUUGGAACAUAUGACAACUGCCCAGAUCGAACACGAGAAUACGCAGCUGAUAAACGACUUGUACCGCUUGCUGAAAAAGUAUCUGGGACUGCGACACCUCAUCCGUGUGCUGAAGGAAGAGUACGGCAGCUCAAAGAUGUAUCCGAUAUUUCCACGCUACACAAUGCUGAAGGACAUGAUAAAGGGCAUCAUGCAUGAUCCGGACUACAUGGAGGUGUGCCAUGAGACGUUGGCCAACGCCAACUGAGCCGAGGGCACCGGAAAUGGCAGGCGUCGCAUGAGUGUCAUUUGAGAGGGCCCAAAAACUACAAGCAAUACCAAUACAAACAGCAGUAUACAUUGAGGGAGGACUUAGGCACCAGAACCUAUGACCUUGUCACAUGUAUACACAUAUAUGCUGAAUUCGCAUGCGAAUUUCUGAGUGUUUCCGGGAGUGAUUUAGAAAUUUCGUAACAGCUUCUUCCUCGAAACUCCUUUGCAGAGUUUCAUCAAACUCUUUCGGCCCUUCUUUUAGCCAACACUCAAAGGCAAGCCAAGACAAACUAAUCAACUAACUAACUAACUAAACUACAUCCAGACCCUACCCACCACCCACCAACCACCAACUGAACAAGGAACUAUUUACACUACAUUAUCAGAUACAAACACUUCGGCACUAAAGUGCCAGCAAACAAACUAAAAGGCAUUUAUUUUAAUGAACUUUUGAGAUGAAUACAAUGUAAAACCUACAAGAUACAAAAUACAAAACACAAGAAGAUAUUUAUUGAUAUAAAUAGUAAACGAAGCGCUCAAAAACGAUUAACAAAUAUCAAAUGAAAAAUCAAACAAAACUUUGUGUAAUUUGUAUGUACUACUUACAAUAAACUGAGUCUAGUUAUUAUACACAUAAAUCUAGAACAAGACAUAUAUACAUAUAUAUAUAUAUAUAUAUAUGUAUGAGUAUAUAUGAGAAAUAACCAUACUAAUCUAAACUGAAUACAGCAGUUGAUAGGGAGCAUUAAACGGAGAAGAUGGCUAAUAGCUCUUUUUGUUUUUUUUGGCUUGACUUUGUCACCUGUUUGUUUAAAGUUUAAAUUGGUAAACUAAAGAACUGGUCGAUUAGCCAUUAGCAGAAUAUUAAACUGAUUACCAAAGUGUAUCAAAUUAUAAUGCAUAAAACCCACGCCUAGAUGUAUUACUUACCUAGUUAGACAAUAUAAGGGAAAUAUUCCCAAUCGAUGUGAGCAAAUACGAGAACUCUUAACACCUUUUUGUAGGACAACACCAAAUUCCUUAUCCUAGAACCUAACAAAAUUGUUGAUUUACACUUUUGGCCAGUAACUACUACUAUUAGUAACAAGCAAAUGCUUUAUGUGUGUAUCGAAACGUUCAGCUUUAAGUCCUUUGUAACACGCAAACAAGUCGAAACGCAAAUGUGCAUUUCAUGAGUUCAGUUUAGCUAUGUGUAUUCAUGGAUUUGUUGUUGUUGUACAUACAUACAUACCUUGUAGCUUUGUAAUCCCUAAGCCCAAGGAAAUAACGCAAACAUACACAAACACACUAUUGAAUACAAAAGACCAAAGGAAAACCUAGACGAGCUUACAAACUUUUUACGAGAGCUAGAAAACCACAAUUUUUAUUUAUGUUACUACAUUUCGAUGGAAAUCUAUUUUAUUUACUGCUUCAAAGGUGGCAAUUUACAGUCUUAAUCGCAAGGGAUUGAAUACUAAUACUACUACUACUACUAACUCUACUGACACACCCACCGAUACACUGAGCAUACCUACAUAUCCGAGAAAAUAUAGGAAAUCAAAAACAGAUUCGAAAAGCCGCAGCUAUCAAUGAAAGUGCAAUUGAGUGCAUAAAUUAGUCGAACGAUUGUUUGCCUGUCCAUUAUCCGCUUCACAGCAUUCGAUUGCUGGUUAAUUUACCAACUAAUACCCUCCCUUUAAUCAUACCAAAUGCUUAAAUAUAUAUAUUAUUUAUCUGCCUGCCUUCCCAGCGUUUAAAUUAUUUCGAAAAAAAACAUAUGAUAACGCUAGCCUUUCAACAGCCACAAACAAGAAAAAAACGUUUAUAAUAAAUAAAUAAAAAUAGAUAAUUGAAUGUUGGAAAAAUAGCAAAUUAAUUAUGCAAAAUCCAUACUAUAGAGUGAAUUAACAAAAUUUCAUUUAGAUGGUUAAGCCUAAGCGAUGAGUUAUCUUGUUUAUGUAGUUAAAUGUUGAGCAUUUAAAUUUGAAUUUGUCGCAGACUUGCAUAUGAAGUGGAAAGUUAAAUAAUAUAAUAAUAUAUGGUAACAAAAAGCAGAUAAUAUAAAACUAUGCAAUUAUAGCUAAACUAAUUAAAACUAAACUGUAAUGAUCAGGUAUUAAAGUUAUGAAGUUUAAUCAAAAUAAAUUAACCCUAAUGUGUGUGUGUGUGCAUGUGUGAGUGCUUCGCGUGAAUGUGGCCAAUACAAACGCAUUGCAAUAUAGGUUACAGAAUGAAUAAAAAAUAGUUUGGGGCAAUAUUGCUGCAUACAUACAGAGGCAAAUAUAAAUACUAUAGUUAUAUAUGGUAAAUGGUAUUCGUAUUAUUAUACAACUUAUACACGAUUAACAACAUAUACACGUGUACCCUACUUAUACAUACAUACAUACAGACAGACCCACAUGAGCAGAACAUGGGCAGUCGGUAUUCCUACAAACCAAAAACUUCGUACAAUUUUACCUUUUCAACAUCUCAGUGUCUAAACAAAAAGCAUUAAAUGUAUUUCCGCAGUGGAAGUUACCAAUAUAUUGGAUGUAUCAGUAAAAAUAUGUGUCAAGACACUCGAUAAUAUGAGGAAAUCGAUAAAUAUAUUGAUAUGCAAAAGGAA